AUGAGCUCGCUUGGUCGCCUGCCGCCGCCAGGAACGCCGCAAGCUCGCUUUCUUCAAAAUGGUCCCGGCCAGCAAGCGAGACGCAUUCUUACUACAGGGCCGGCUUCGACGAGCUUGACCCCGCGUGCGAACACAGCGCCAAAGAAAAAGAAGCGCUGCACGGAAAAGUACGUCUCAUCGCGUGUUCAAGAACUGGUGCCCGAAGCUCAAGCUUAUUUGGAUCUCAUCACCGUUGAGCAGAAGAUCGACCUGAUGAUUAAUCGAAAGAAGCUGGAUAUCCAGGAAUCGCUCAAGAGGCCGAUGAAAGCGAAGCGGAAAUUGCGAAUCUUUAUCAGCCACACAUUCUUCCCUGGGAGAGAGCCAGAAAAAGAAGGCGACGAGCCAAUCAUCCCCAUGUGGGAGUUGCGUGUAGAAGGUCGGCUCCUCGAAGAAGCGCAGCCAGGUCAGAUAUCUGCGGCGUCCAGUCGAUCUCUGCCGAAACGCAAAUUUUCGUCUUAUUUCAAAAGCCUGGUGAUCGAGCUGGAGAAGGACAUCUAUGGCCCUGAUAAUCAUUUGGUGGAAUGGCAUCGAACACCUCAGACUGGAGAAACCGAUGGCUUCCAAGUGAAGAGACCGGGUAAUAAACCUGUCAAAUGUACGAUUCUAUUGCUGCUUGAUCACCAACCAAUGAAAUUCAAGUUGCAUGCAAGGCUGGCGAAGUUACUUGGAAUAGCCACGGAAACGCGUCCAAAAAUAAUUGAGGCGCUAUGGCAAUACAUCAAAGCCUACAAACUUCAAGAUCCGAUUGAUGCCGACAGCAUCAAUAACGACGUUUUCCUGGAGCAGAUUUUCGGCUGCAAGCGAAUGCGCGUUUUGGAAAUUCCUCAACGAUUGCACGCCCUUCUCCAACAGCCCGAUCCAGUUGUCCUGCAUCACACAAUUGAACAAAAGGAAGGCGGUAAUAAUACAGCCUGCUACGACAUUGAGGUCGAAGUCGAUGAUCACCUGAAGCAACAUUUUCUCACGUUUAUGCAACUGCAGUCUAACAACCAUGAUAUUUAUCAACUUGAUCAGCGGAUCUACGAUUUGGUGGAUCAGGCCAACGAAUUGCAGAAGCGGCGCGAUUUUUUCAAGGAUUUCAGCGAAAACCCGAAUCGCUUUAUAUCGAGAUGGAUCGAGGCCCAAACGAACGAGCUAAAGCGCGUUUCCGAACAACACGGCGAAAUCGAAGAAGAAAAGAAAGCGGAGACAUAUCUACAGCCAAACAUUCCCGAAGCAGUUCAUCGUCAUUAUUACGCCAAGAUCCAACAACGGCGCCAUGAACUUGAACAAUCCCUUGGCUUGCGUCACAAU